AUGGGUUGCUCUUCCUCUCUUCCAGAUAGGAAUUUGGGGCAGGUGGGUGGACUUAAUUCGGAGAAUGGUGGAGCAAAUGACGCCAAAAACCUACGCGUGAAGCUUGUGCUGUUAGGUGAUUCUGGAGUUGGAAAAAGUUGCAUUGUUCUUCGCUUUGUUCGUGGUCAGUUUGACCCAACAUCCAAGGUUACUAUUGGAGCUUCAUUCUUGUCGCAGACGAUUGCAUUGCAAGAUUCUACGACAGUCAAAUUCGAAAUAUGGGACACUGCUGGCCAAGAAAGGUAUGCAGCACUAGCACCACUUUAUUACCGUGGUGCUGCAGUUGCAGUUGUUGUAUAUGAUAUAACAAGUCCUGAAUCAUUCACCAAAGCACAGUACUGGGUUAAGGCUGGAUGGCUUUCUCAUAUUCUUCACUCUGCGUCUAGGGGCAAAGAACCUGAUACAAUAAUCUUAUAUGACCUUUUCUUGAGACUGCAAUGCAAUGGCAGCUUUAGAGUUGGGGUUGAGCAUAUGUUUUGGCCUUAUCAAUAUAACUAUGUGGGAUCAUAG